AUGAUAAGUUCUCUCUCUUUUAUCAAUUAGAAAGGAGAAAUCCUAAUUUAUAGAGUUUAUAAAGAUGAUAUAAGCAGAAAUGAAAUAACUUAGUUUUGUGCUAAAAUGAUAGCUACAAAAGAAAAUAAAGAAUUUCCAAUAAUAAAUAUUGAUUGUAUCUAUAUUUUAUAUUCAUAGAAACAUCUUUCAUUCAUAUUUCAAUCAAAGACAUCAUUAUUUUAGCAACCACUAAAACUGAUGUAAAUGUUGCUAUGGUUCUUGAAUUUUUAUAUCAAUUGGUAUUAAUAUUUUUUUAUUUUAAGUCAAAAAUUUGUAAAUCAUACUUUUAAGGUAAUUUAGAUGAAAAUUGCAUAAAAAAGAGUUUUGUCUUAAUUUAUGAAAUUCUUGAUGAAGUACUUGAUUAUGGAAUACCAUAAAUUGCAGAUCCAAAUCUAUUAUAAAAAGUUAGUAUUAAUUAUAUCUAUAGUUUAUUCAAGAAGGAGGAGUUUAAUAAGAAACAACCAUAAACAUAGAAAAAUUGAGAUAAUUAACAUUUACUCUUACUGGUGUUGUAUCAUGGAGACCAAUAGGACUUUAUUAUGAAAAGAAUGAAUUAUAUCUUGAUAUUAUUGAAUCUGUGAAUUUAUUGAUUUCAGCAAAAGACACUGUAUUAAGGGCUGAAGUUGUUGGUUCAAUUGAAUUAAAAAGUAAACUUACAGGGAUGCCAGAAUGUUAGAUUGGAAUGAAUGAUAAAUUAUUAAUGGGAAAAUAAUAAAAAUAAACUAAAUAAACUAUUGGAAUUUCAAUUGAUGAUAUGAAAUUUCAUCCUUGUGUAAGAUUACCAAAAUUUGAUAAGGAUAGAACAAUUACUUUUAUUCCUCCUGAUGGCCAUUGCUAAUUAAUAUCAUAUAGGAUUUCAGAGAAUAUUAAUAUUCCAUUUAAAGUGAAUGUAUUUUAUAGUGAAAUUAUUGAUAAUAAAUUAGAAAUACGGUUGAAAGUAAAAUAUAUAUUGAAAAUAGAUUAAAUCAAUAUAUGAUAACAAUAUCUAUGGUACAAAUGUUUUAGUAAAGGUUCCUGUGCCUAAAAAUACUGUGAAUGCAAUAACUGCAACAGCAUUAGGAAAAGCAAGAUAUGAAGUAGAAGAAUAAAGUGUGAUUUGGAGAAUCAAGAAAUUUUAAGGAGACUUUGAAACUUCAUUAAGGUUUAACUUAUUGUUAAAAAUUUUAGGUGUGAAAUCAAUUUAGGUACUACAAAUAAAGAUUAAGUAUGGAGUAAACCACCUUUAAAAAUGGAAUUUUAGAUUCCAAUGUUCACAGCAAGUGGAUUAAGAGUUAGAUUUUUAAAAGUAAUGGAAAAAGCUGGAUAUAAAACGAAUAAAUGGAUUAGAUAUUUAACAAAAGGAGGAGAAUAUUUACAUAGAUUAUGA